UUCACUUCACUUCAUUACACUUCACUACUUCAAUUCCAAUUCCGAUUUCUCCCACCCAAAAAAAGGGCAACAAAAUCUUCUCAAUAUUUUAAAAACCCUAAUUUUUUGACAUUAAUCCCCUACAAAUUCGCCUUCCUAAACCCAACAUUCCUCCCUCUGACGUAAUCUUCUCUCUCUCUCUCUCUCUCUCUCUAAAUCCCAAAUCACUGAAUUAUUCAUGUAUCCAAGCCUGCUUUUCCUUUUGAUGUAACCUGUUUUUCUUAUUUAUUCAGAUUGGUAGAAGCCCAGCAAUUCACCUGAAUAGGAGAAGUUUGUUCUUACUUUAUUUGUUUUGAAAAAAUAAAACCCUAAAAUUUUUGUUUGCUUUUUUUAUGGAGCCGUCUCCUAUUAUUUUUGACCUAAGCUCCGACGACGAGGAGGCGACACCGGCUUGGGAGGAUCCAAAGGGGGACGAUUACAACUGGUUAUCGGACGUUCUGGAAGCCGUUGAUAAGGUUUUCCAUGACCCUGAUGACUUGAUGGUUUUCGGGGAAGUCAACCCCACUAAGAAGUCAAAGUCACCGAAUUCAGUGCUUAGGAAGGUUGCUGAAGAGGACGAUGGGGAUGAUUGCGUCGUUUUGGAAGGUGACCCAGAUAAGGCGUCGUCGGAUGUUAAUGAACCCCAAAAAGACUCCGAUGAGUGUCUUAUUGUCGGCCAAAAAGGGCAGAUUGCAUGCAGAGAUUAUCCCCAUCCUCGACAUGAUUGCGCUAAGUUUCCAUUCAGAUCAACCUCACAUGAACAGCAUUGUGAAUUGUGCCAUUGCUUUGUUUGUGACUUGCGAGCACCAUGUGGUUAUUGGGGCUCAGGUACCUCUAAUACUGAUCAUUGUCAUGCCACUGAUAAAGAGGAGAAGUGGAAGACUUUGAGGAAGACUUUCAGGAACGAGAGAAAUUCUCCAAUACCAGUUACAAAAGCUCCUGUCACCUCUCACUCUACAGCAUUUCCCCGACUUAACCAAGCUCCACGACGUGACAAUAUGCAGUAUGCACUGCAAAAUCAAGUUUCUAGGCUGAUUCCAGCUCGAGCUUCUCGGAAUUUCAUACCUCAAAUUCCCAUCCAACGGCCAUCUAUAGUUCGUUCUUCAUCUACCAGAUAUGAAGUUCCACAUCAUCUAAAUGUGGGUAGCCAACAUGUUUUAAAUAGGAGAAUGCAUCCGCAUCCAGUUUCACGUCAGUUACUAGGAGUGCAUAAUACAGUAAUUCGAAGGGAUCGAGGUAUUAAAGUUAGUAACUUGGGUCCCCAAUUUGUCCCUUCCAACACCAUGUCGAAAAGAAUGGAAGUUGCCUCAACAAUAAACCGCACUGCAUUUGUUCCAUCAGGAAACUAUUCUCCUAUUGCUUCACAACAUCAGCAGAAUCCCGCAUCUGUUACAAUAUCAAAUGAAAGGAGUUUAAAUCCCAUUGGGUGGCCAAAUCGUGAUUCUGGUUCUAUUUUAUGGACAUCUGCACACCCUUUGUCUUCACAACCUGGUACGGACAGUGUCAUUACCAAUUCAGCAGCCUCUCAAUCCUCAGCAUAUGGUCAGCCUGUUCUUCAGUCAAGCUUGAACCAUGAUAGCAGUUGCCUUCAGAAUCAGAAUCAACCGGCAACAAAUCAUGCCUCUUCGGAUUCUGACAUGAAUUGGACCAACGUCUUCGGUCAAAGCAAUCAACAACCUUCUGUUGAUUAUUUACAGCUUCAAAACUGUACAGACGAGAAAGAAGCAUCCAAGGAGGAAAGUUGGGGACAUAAAUCGGUUUUGAACGAGCUUGAAAGCUUCCUUUUCGACGACCAGUCCUUUCCCGAAGAUUCUCUUACUGCAGAACUUAAUUCAAUUUCUUCCAAUCACAUGUCUUAUGACACUGGUAUGAUUUUCUUUGAUAUUGAAAGCUCUUGGGAUCGUCUAACUAGUGCGUAGUUUAUCAGCAUAGGCCUGUGCAUUAUAGAGAAGUAAAUCUAGUCCUUGUGCCAAACUCUGCUAAAAUGAAACGAGAAAUUAGGGUAGGUAGCUGCUUUUUAGAAUAGAUUUAGUAACUAUAAUAAUAGAAGCUUUGAUGGUGUGCAACUGUAUAGAAAAACAGCA